AUGAAGGUGUUUAUUUCUUCGUUGAACGUACCUAUAGGGUAUGCUACCCCUCCUUUCCCAUCAUUAUAUUGGCCGUUGGGCCCUGAGAAGGCCAAUUUCCAAGCGCUGUUUCUCUACUACUCGGCAGAUAUGUGGCGAUUUAUUGUAUGGUGGUCAAUGCUUACCUUUGGUGGGUUAUAUUUGAUCACCGGAACUUUGGCUGGUCUUAUCCAGUUACGUAAUCGGUACCGUCAGUGCAAAAUUGACAAAACUUCCAUUCUUGAGGCAUUGGGGAUUGUGGUAUUCUAUGUAUUUGUGGGGCUAUUCCAAGGGUUUGUUGGGGGUUGUAUUGUUGGUUUAUUAUUACUGGGGAUUUAUAAAGCUGGUGCACUUACUAUGAGCACCUGGAUUCCCUUCUGUUGGGCCAUUAUACUGGUUCUUUUCGAUGUUUGUAGCCUGUACCUGUUAAGUCUGGUAAUUUUAUGA